GGUUCUGCCAGAACAGGUCAACGUUCUUACCCGUUCGCUUCCUUUAGAGAUGAACUGCAGAGCCCUGGAUGAGGAGCGGUUCUGUCGGUGCUGCCGUCUGAUCCUCCGGCGCUCCGACCAGCUGAGGGACGGCUGGAGCUGGGAGGCGCUUCAGGGCUCAGAGGGCUACCUGAGGAAGACCACGCUCCGCCACCUCCCCGCUGGCUGGGGGCCCGAACAGGACGGGGGGGAAUCUCCGGGAGCGGAACCAGCGGCCCUGCAGCCGGAUCCGCUGGUCUCCACUGCUUCUGAGGAAGAGGAUGCUGACCUCAGGUUGCCUAGCAACAGCAGCAGCCCGGUUCUUCAGUGGGAGUACCACAUCCUGUACUCCUGCAGCUACGCUACGCCUGUUCUCUACUUCAGAGCCUUCACUCUGGAUGGAAGGAGUCUGACGUUAGAGGAGAUGUGGAAAUCCAUCCAUCCAAACUUCGGGCUCCGCCUUCAGAACUGUCCUCUGAACGCAGUGAGUCAGCAGGAGCACCCCCUGCUGGGUCAGCCUUUCUUCUUCCUCCACCCGUGUAGAACAGAGGAGUUCAUGGGGCCCGUGCUGCAGGCGGCUCUGGACCAUGGCAGGUCGGUGAACUAUGUCUUAUCCUGGCUCAGCGUGGUGGGGCCCAUGGUGGGGUUGGAGGUUCCUCUAGAGUACUCCACAGAACUUCACGCUGCCGGGUGCCUCAGCAGCACCGACCCAGACUGAUGGUCCAGCUGCUCCUGAAGAUGUCAGGGACCCUCUGCGGCCUUCCAGAACCUCUUGUCCUACACUGGAUUGACUGUACUGAGUACUAGUUACCCCGGGUCACUUGUUGUCUGUGGUUCUGGUGAUGAUCACCACAGUCCAGAUCCUUCUGCUGGUUGGUGUCAGGAUGUGUUGGUUCUACAGAACUCUGACCCGUACUGAAUAAAUGAGGCCUGGUUUACAAUGAUGCUGAUGGUUCUGUUCGUCUCUCAGACUCGAUAAAUAAAAAUGUCUUCAGAGAA